UCCCCUUUUUGUAUACAAGGAAAUGAUCCGACCAAUCGGAGAGUUCGGGUGAACCCACCUCUUUCAGAAGUAGGGGUGGUCCGCGUGUUUUUCACCUAGAUCCCCCCGAGGCUCGGUUAUCAUCAUGGCAGCCGCUCAGAUUCUCAACAAUACCAAAGAAAUUGCCUCCCUAUACCGGGAUCUUAGCCAGUUCCCGUCUUUGUCCAGUGUAUCUAUAGGGCCGAAUGUUACCACCCAAUAUGGGGGCAAAUACAGCAACAUUUAUACUGAAUGGUCACAAAGAGAUCUGGAUCGGAAUGAACAGGUGAAAUUCUGCCGUCACUACAUUGUCUUCCAUGACAACAAGACCGUUGUGUACUCCGGAGCCUGCGGGAAUGGCAGUGAGAUUAAGGGCGAGCUCCUCAGCAAAGAGUCUCCCUCUGGAAACCUUAAGGCCGUUUUGCGUGAGAGUAAGAAUAGCAAAGGGGAUGAUACCCAGUUUCUAGAGGUCUGGAACAAGAACCGCAAGGUGAAAAGUAUCAACCUGACAGCUCUGGAUAAGCACGGGAAAGUCUACGAGGAUGAUCAGUUUGGCUGUCUGUCUUGGUCUCACUCUGAGUCUCAUCUUUUGUACAUUGCUGAGAAAAAGUGUCCUAAGGCUGAGUCCUUCUUCCAGACAGGGGCUGAAGAGUUAAGUUCUGGAGCAUCCGAGGAGGGGGAUGACGGUGCCAAUAAACCUGUCAAGGGUGACCAAUUUGUGUUGCGUGAGGACUGGGGAGAAGGUUUGGUUAACAAGAGCGUCCCUGUUCUGUGUGUGCUGGACAUCGAAAGCAGCAACAUUUCUGUGCUGGAAGGGAUCCCCGAAAAUGUGUCUCCAGGGCAGGCCUUCUGGUCCCCUGAUGACACAGGUGUGGUGUUUGUGGGUUGGUAUCACAGCUUCUUCCGACUGGGCCUUAAGUAUUGCCCCAAUAGGCGAGCUGCUCUGUUCUUUGUGGACCUGACAGGAGGAAAAUGCGAGACUCUCUCAUCAGAUACAUCUGCGGUUUUCUCUCCUCGCCUGAGCCCAGACAAAUGCCGCAUUGUUUACCUGCAGUGUGAUGUGUUUGGGCCGCACCAGCAGUGCUGCCGGAUGUUAACGUAUGAUUGGUAUACCAAGGUUACGACCACUGUGGUUGAUACAGUGUCCAGAUGUACUGAUGGGCAGUUUUCUGGUAUUUACACCUCCUUGCUAGCAUCAUUCUGCUGGUCCGCUGACAGCCAACGAGUAAUCCUGGACACUGAGCAGCGCAGCGAGCACGCCUUGUUUGUCAUUGAUACAAAAUCAGGAGCUGUGACACCGCUUCAGUCCAAAGGGUCUUCUACUGGUAGCUGGAAGCUGAUGGCUAUUGAUCGUGACCUCCUUGUUGUCAGUUUUUCCUCUCCGAGCUGUCCCCCAACUGUGAAAGUGGGGUUCCUGCCACCAGCUGGGAGAGAACAGGACAUUACCUGGGUGUCCCUAGAGGAGGAGGAGCAGAAUCCUAUCCAGGGAAUAGACUGGAGUUUUAAGAUCCAUCAACCCCCUCCAGAACAAGAAAAUCCUCAGUACCCCGGCCUUGAAUUUGAGUCCAUUCUCCUGAAGCCACAGGAUGUCUCUGCAGAGAGUAAGCUCCCCCUUGUGGUUUAUCCCCAUGGUGGUCCUCACUCUUCCUUUGCAAGCGAGUGGAUGUUGUUCCCAGCUACCCUGUGUAAGAUGGGCUUUGCUGUGCUACUAGUGAAUUACAGGGGUUCCUUGGGCUUUGGAAGGGACAGUAUUCUCUCCCUACCAGGGAAGGUUGGGGAUCAAGAUGUGAAAGAUGUCCAAAUGGCUGUGCAACAAGUUCUGCAAGAAGAGCCCAUAGACCCUAGCAAGGUUAUGUUAUGUGGAGGAUCACACGGCGGCUUCCUGUCCCUUCACCUUAUUGGUCAGUACCCUGGAUUCUAUAAAGCCUGCAUCGCUCGCAAUCCGGUAACCAACAUAGCAGCAAUGGUUGGAUCCACAGACAUCCCAGAUUGGUGCCUGGUAGAGUCUGGUCUGCCGUACUCCUAUCAGAGCCUCCCAGACGCCGCUCAGUGGGGAGAGAUGUUGAAUAAAUCCCCCAUUAGAUAUGUAUCCCAGGUGAAGACACCAGUGCUGCUGAUGCUGGGGGAGGAUGAUCGGCGAGUACCAAACAAGCAGGGUCUGGAGUAUUACAGAGCACUUAGAGGACAUGGAGUAACUUCUCGGGUUCUUUGGUAUCCAGGAAACAACCAUUCCCUGUCUAAGGUAGAUGCAGAGUCGGACAGCUUCAUGAAUAUCGCCUUGUGGAUCCUGAAGCAUAUGAAUGACUGAAGAACUUCUCCCUUGUGGAUUCUGUCUCCAUAACCCGCACUGACCAAUGGACUUGUAUUCUGGGCCUGUACAUAUUUGUAGGAUGUGGUUAAUAGUCUGGACUUAUCAGUUGGUUAGAUAUCCAUUGAAUGUUAGAAAUCCUGCAAGAAAAGGGUCAAUGUCCCAGUUUGAAAAGAAAAUGCUGCUUUAUAAAGCAUACGAUUGCACACUACUUGGAUGUACACAUUUAAUCAAAAGGAUAUUGUAAUAAAAUAAGCAGCAUUUUAUAAAAGUUUAUUUUUAUUUGAAAUAAAAGUUAAAGGGACAGUUUUCCACUUUA